UGUGAAGAUGUUUAGAAACUCGGAUAGAAACUGUAUGUUGGGAGAAAAAUUAUGAGCAAAGUUUGUGCAAUUUUUGGCGGUUCCAGGGGAAUAGGUAAAGCUGUGGCGACCAGAUUUGCUCAAGAUGGUCACAAGAUAGCGGUCGUCUCAAGAAACAAAGAGGCAGUGGACAGAACGAUACAGGAGUUGGUUGAAGGAGGACUCAAAGGUCCACAUCUUGGUGUGAGCUGUGAUGUCAGCGAUGAGAAACGUGUUCAUGCCACGGUGAAGUCUAUACAGGACACACUGGGACCUGUAGACAUCUUAGUGAACGCUGCAGGAGUGAAUAAAGAUGUCCUGUUGCUGAAGACUCAGGCUGCAGACAUGACAAGCCUGCUGCAGACUAACCUUGUUGGACCCAUGCUGACCUGUCGAGCUGUAGUCAGGUCCAUGGUACAGAGAAGAACAGGCACUAUCAUCAAUGUGGGAAGCAUAGUUGGAAUGAAAGGUAACCCCGGCCAGUGUGUGUACAGUGCAUCCAAGGCAGGGCUGCAGGGCUUCACCAAGUCUCUCGCUAAGGAAGUCGCCUCCAGAGGGGUCAGGGUCAACCUUAUUGUACCAGGAUUUAUUGAUACUGAUAUGACGUCAGGGGUGAGUGAAGCCGUGGUAACACAGUCGGUACCACUACAGAGACUGGGAACACCUGCGGAGGUCGCUACAGCUGUCAGAUUCCUCGCAUAUUCGACUUACAUUACAGGAACUGUUCUGGUUGUAGAUGGUGGGAUGCAGUUGAACACAUGAGACUUCAAGAGCCCAAUACAGGAUAAUCUAAUUAUUUCUAAACCAAGAAAUGUAUAUGGACCAAACUACUACAAUCAGAAUUCAGCUGCAGCCCAGGAGAAGACAGUGACCAAAUAUCAUAGAGACUUGAGGAUGAUGUCUAAAUAAAACCAAAGUUGAUGGUUUGACUAAGAUUCUUCCUGCUUCCUUGUUUUUUAAUGUCAAUUGUAACAAUUAUUGUAACUUGAUUUCAAAUCUCAAUUUUUGCAGAUUAUAUUACAGUAUAAGUAUUAUUAUCUAAUGGUAUUACAUGUUGUAUCCCAGUGUAUAUCCUGACCCUUCUCCAUAGUCAAUACUGUACAGUCCCCUUACCCCUUACUGCACAGACACUACUCCACAAUCAAUACUGUACAAUCCCCAACCCCUACUGCACACUACUUAGUAUAUAAA